GUAAUCCUCUCUCGCUGCAACGUGAUUCCCUCUCACAGGAGAGCCGAUUCUUCUCUCUACACUUCGUGGAAGGCAUCAAUGGACAUGAACGCAGAGCGGCCAUUCGCCUGCAGUGCUCCCGGCUGCACACAGCGUUUUCCUACUGAAGACCACCUGAUGAUCCACAGACACAAGCAUGAGAUGAGCCUGAAGCUACCCUCUGCUAAAAAGGACAGUGUCCUCUCAGACCAGACCCCCACUCCCACUCGGUUCCUGAGGAGCUGUGAGGAGGUGGGUCUGUUCCGGGAGCUGGACUCACAGGCUGCAGAGCAUGGGCCUCACCUGUCAGUCCCUCAGGGGAGUGUGGACCAUGACCACAUGAGUGGCAGCUCCGCCAGCCAACAGGCCCCGCCCACUAAAGCCAACUCCAUCCUCACCCAGCAGACAACCACCAAUCAGCAGCUAGGGCCUGGGUCUGGGCUGCUCUCCUGCAUGCUGUAUCUUCAGGCCCAGCAGCGACAACCUCAGCCUGCGUCCCGACCUGACUCCGCCCAGCCUGACCCCGCCCUUCCAGACUCCGCCCACCCCAGCGCUGUGAGUCACACCUGUACCUGCUCAGACCUUCAGCAGGUAAAAAGCCAUGGAUUGCCCAUAGGUUCCAGGUUGAUAGGCUCCACCCACGGCAGCACUGGCUCCUCCCCCCAGAUUCUGCACUCUGAGGCCAAGCAGAAGCUGAAGGCUACCCUCAGACACCACUCUGGUUGUGCUCCCGAUGGCGACUCUGACGCUGUGGGUCACAUGAUGCCGAUGACAUCACCACCGCAGCAGCAGCUGCCACACGCCUAUCAGCGCCCCGGCCACGCCCACUCACAGAGCCCCACCCACAGCCACCCCCAGGGCGGGUACAACCACCCACAGCGCCACUUCAACCAGCUCCGCCCCCCCCUGCCCCAGACCCCCCCACACGCCCCCGCCCACCCCGGGACGCCCUCGCAGGUGUGGGCAGGUGUGCAGGCAGGUGUGGGGCGGCGCAGGCGGGGCCGGGAGGAGGACUCUGACGGACGGAGAGAGAAGUUUCUGGAGCGGAAUCGUGCCGCGGCCUCGCGCUGCCGGCAGAAGAGGAAGGUGUGGGUGUGUUCACUGGAGAGGAAGGCCGAGGAGCUGAGCCACACACACCUGCAGCUCCAGAAUGAGGUGACUCAGUUGAAGUCAGAAGUGACACAGCUGAAGCAGCUCCUGUUGGCCCAUAGAGACUGUCCCAUCACCAAGAGGCUCAGGGAUACCACAGUGCAGACCCCCGGCCAGCAGAUGGCGCUGCCCCGUCCUGCUCUCAGCCCUCCACUGCAGCAGGGGGCGAUAGAGAGCAAGCUACACCUCUGACACAUUGCCAUUAACCUCUCUCUCACACACACAUACACACACAGACACACACAGUGCCAUUAACCUCUCUCUCUCUCACACACACACACACAGACACACACAGUGCCAUUAACCUCUCUCUCUCUCACACACACACACACGUUUUUCAUUAAAUGUGAGAAAAAAAUGAUAUUUUGGUUCAAUAUGGAGGAAAAUUCACUGUUUUAUUUAGCGUUUGGCAGCCCAUACAGUGGUGUUGUGUGAACUGCAUAUCUCAGGAUGAGUGUGUGGCUCUCAGUUGGGAUGAGAAUGAGGGGGGGGUG